AUGGACAUGGAGCAACAACAAUUUGACCCAAAGUUGCCCAACGAAACUUUAUGGCUAGACCAAGAGGAAGAAGAAGAAGAAGAAGAGGCGGGCGUGGACCUUUUAGCAAGGCGUUCAAGCUCAAGGCAUCCACCCAGUGGAGUCGGAGCUACUGCUACCAGUGCUGAAGGUGAGCUUCAGCCUGCCCCUACCAAUGGAACUACCCCUGAAAUUCCUGACCAAGAAGUGGAAGAAAAAGAAGAUGCACAAGUAACUGCAUGCGGCGGCGAGAAUGGGGAAGCCGACCAAGUUGUGAAUGGGGAAGGCGGUGGAAACAGCGUUUACUUUGACAAACUCCAAGGCACUGAAUCCAUCAAUGAAAAGCAAUCUGAAAUUACAGAGCUCCAGAGCACGGAAAUCGAUCAUCAAAUGGUGAAAAAUUCCGAGGAUAAGAAAGAUUUUGGUUCGACGCCUGCACCAGUUGAACAUUUACAUGAAGCAAAUGGAAGUUUCAAGCAUUUUGAGAAUGGAACCAAAGUAGAGGCCGACAUUGACUUAUUCGAAGAAAUCGAAGAGGACUUAGUGGACUUAGAUGUUGAAAGGGUUUUAGAUAAACAAAAUACACAUCAUUUGUACUGCCCAAAUUGCAAUUCCUGCAUCACAAAAAAGGUUAUCCUUAGAAGAAGGCCAAAAUUUUCAAUACGCCACAGACCAAAGCGUGGUAGCAAGCUGGACCCGAUUCCUAAUUCUGCAGGCUUAGGUGGCAGUGACGACACACCUGAAAUCCAUCCAAAUGUUAGUCCAGUAGCAGCACCAGAUGAGCAAAAUGAUGGUAGAGAACAAGAACAAAAACAAGAAGCAUUCAGCUGCUUAUCAUGCUUCAGCCUUUUCAUUCCUAUAGGAAAUGGUUGUUUCAAGAUGUUAGAGUUCUUCAGAUGGGGGAGACGAACUGAACACUCACAAAGCACACAAGAGAUUAGACAAAGGGAAAACAUACAGACCACACCUGAGAUAAGGCAAAAAGAACACACAGGAAGUGCCCAAGAAACAAACCUGAGUGAGAACACACAAACUCCACAAAGAGUAAAUCUAAGUGAGAAUACACAAAGUCCUCAAGUGAUAAGCCUGCAGGAAAAAAUAGAAAUCUCUAAAGUUGUACUCCAGAAUGGAAAUGCAGAAACUCCUCAACAAGUAAGCCACGAUGAAGACGCACAAAGUCCUCAAAAAAGAACUCAUGAUGUGGACAUCAGUAGUCCUCAACAUACAAAUCAUAAUGAAGAUGCACAAAAACCUCAACCUAUUAGCUGGAAUGAAGAUAAAUCAGGCCCUCAAAAGAUAAGUCGUGGUGAAAAUGCAAGAAGUCCACAGGGCAUAAACCAGAACAUCAGCAAGCAAAGCCCUCAAAAGAUAACUACAGAUAGAACAAAUUGGAUUUCCUCUAUUUUUGCAUCUAAGAGCAAAGUAACUGUUGGGAAAGAAUCUUCACCUGUUCAAGCUGGUCAUGCCAUAUCAGCACUAAGUGCUGCAGUGUUAACCCCAUCACUUAUCGACAAGGGAUAUAUUGAUGGUGCGGCUAUAAAACCCAAAGAACCUGGAAAAAGUGAUAUAUUUUCUUCGACAAACAACACUCUACUUGACAAGAUGAUAGCCGACUCUACUGAGAAGAAGCCAGUUGUUGACAUGUUGCAGAGAAUUGUUUGUAAUGAGAUAAAGGAUAUUGAAACUGGGCUACUUGAGCCAACAUUACACCCUGGGACGGAUGUGGCACCUUCGUCUCAAAGAACAACGGAAACUGAAUGUAGAGGUUCCGACGCUGGUGAGCUUCAUGAAUGGGAAAUUCUGAAAAGCAUUGUCUACGGUGGAUUAGUUGAAUCAAUCACAAGUUUAGGUGUUGUGUCUUCUGCAGCUGGUGCGGGUGCUGCUACAUUGAAUGUUUUGGCUUUGGGAGUGGCAAAUCUGAUUGGAGGACUUGUGAUCAUUUUUCAUAAUCUUAGAGAACUGAAAAAUGACCAACCUCGUGUUGGUGGAGCUUCCGAUGUCGAGGAAGACCGGUAUCGAGUGAUGUUGGGGCGGAGACAGAAUUUUGCAAUGCAUGCGGUUGUAGCUAUCUUAUCAUACCUCGUUUUCGGGUUGGUUCCUCCUGUUGUCUACGGCUUCUUGUUCCGUAAAAGUGAUGAUAAAGACCUCAAGCUCGCAGCAGUGGCUGGCGCUUCUUUAAUAUGCAUCUUUUUGCUUGCACUUGGGAAAGGCCAUGUUAGAAGACCACGUAGAACUUACAUCCGAUCCGUGUCUUAUUACAUUGGCCUCGGGAUUACGGCGUCCGGCAUCUCGUAUGUAGUUGGCCAACUGCUCAAGAAACUGCUCGAGCAGCUUGGUUUGUUCGAAUCGAAUUCAACUGUCAGCUUGCCAUUUUUGGAGACACUGUCGAUGGAGGUGGGAAGGGCAUCCUAUUAAAGUUCUGGGGUUGAGUACCAAUGAAUUUUGAAUAGAAUGAUGCCAUGAGAAUCGGUUCUCAGUUGUACUCUUAAAUUACCUUUUUUUGUUCGAAUAUCUAUAUUACGAAAGAACUUAUUAAGGAAAUAAAUGAGUUUAAUGACA